AUGGAAUCUAACGAAUGUGAAUUCUGGAGAUUCGGACACAACUGUUCCCAGACCUGUGGGUAUUGUGACGAUAACACGACGUGUAAUACAGAGGGGUUCUGUACCAACGGGUGUCAGUACGGAUGGCGGGGACCCCGAUGUCUUCAGGUUGAUGACUUGGUACCCUAUCCUCUUUCAACACUUUUAUUAUCAGGCUUUCUGGCAGUUUCACUGAUAAUGCUGUUAUUUGUUUCAUUGGAAUUGCGUAGACGGAUUAAAAGCAAAAGCAAUGCGAGAAUAAGCAGCUACGAAAUGCCUGGAGAGCAACUGAUCAAAAAAGAAAGCGCUGAUCGUUAUGGGACCUUGGACAAAUAUAUUCUGGAAACAUCUAAAAAGAUAAAAGACGAGGAAAAUGGAGCAAGUUCUAGAGAUAACAAUUUUUCCAGUUCCGGAUACGAGAAGCCACCACGAUUAAUUGAACCAACCAAUCUUUCCAGUUCCGGAUACGAGAAGCCACCAGGUUCAGGUCGAUCAAGCUAUAAUGAUAAUCUUUCCUGUUCCGGAUAUGAGAAGCCACCACGGAUAGCUGAAACAGAGGAAAACCGAGAUUCGUCACAUUAUACUAUUCCAAAUAUGGCAUAUAACAGUGUCGUAUAGUAAAUCUUCCACAUUGCAAACCGUCCACCAGAAAGUUUACUAGAUAUACUGAAGGGACAAAGA